AUGGCGGAAUCAUUGGGGCCGCGGCCCUCGCAGUAUUAUCGCCAUACCAAUUUCAUGGAUGAACAUGUCGAAAAUGUGGAGCGCUACAAGCCGGGGGGCUAUCACCCAGUUGACAUUGGCGACACCAUCACCAACGGCGAAGAUACCUACACGGUUCUCCAUAAGCUUGGGCACGGCGGCUUCUCCACGGUGUGGCUGGCCAAGCGACAGAGAGAGCACUCGGCAGGGUCGAGCCCUUCAUUCCACGCCCUCAAGAUCCUUCGCGCCGACCUCAGCGAUGAGCUGGCAGGCCACGAACAUCGCUUUCUCCAGCGUCUCGGCCAAGCGGGAUCGUCCACUCACCCAAACAUCGUGAUGCUCGAGGACUCAUUCACCGUCUCCGGUCCCAACGGCCAGCAUCGCUGUCUCGUCUUCCCCUUCCUUGGGCCAAGCCUUUAUUCCCUCCUGCUACGAGAGUGCUUGACUCCCGCUCAACGACGCGGUAUAUGCAAGCAGCUUGCAAGCGCUGUCGCCUACCUCCACUCGCAUGACGUCUGUCAUGGCGACCUCACUCCCUCCAACGUUGUCUUUACAAUUCCUGCUGCACAGGAACUCACAGAAAGCCAACUCCUUGCGCUCCUAGGCCCUGUUGCAGACGAGGAGCUCCGACUGCGCCUCGACCCCGCCUCGCUUACAAGCGUCCAAAUCAUCGACUUCGGCUGCGCCUUCGCCAACAGUGCCCCGCCUGCGACCUUGGGAUGCCCCUUGGAGUACUUCCCACCCGAGCUCAUCUUCGACGACCCGGCCUCGACCCACUCUGACGUCUGGCAACUAGCGGCCAUUAUCUUCUACGUAUGCACCGACAGCUACAUGUUCCAGGUCGGCUUCCAGAUCCCCUUCCUCCUCGUCGCCUUCAUCGUGCAGUACCACGGCCCUCUGCCCAGCCGGUGGCGGGGCAAGUUCGUCUGGAGCAAGUACGCCCGGCGGCAACCGUCCGGCGAGCCGGCGAAGCCGCUGCCCGAACCGGACUGGUGGUUCGACGGGAGCGAGUCGACGAAGUCGCUCAAGGACCGUAUCGGCAAGGAUAUGGUUGUCUUGGAACCGGACCAGCGCAUCUCGGCCGCGGAAGCGAGUCGGCGUCUCGAAUCCGAGGUGUUUGUGUCGGUGUCAAGCGGAUGA